AUGACUAAACUAAGAGAUAAUUAUGAAAAAGCUCAACAAAAAUUAGAAACAGCUGAUGCCAAUUUAAAAAUGUUUCUGUUUUUAUUAUUUAAAAUAAAAAAUGUUCUAAUUAUUUUGUUAAGAUUUCAUACACGAUCUGAUCGUUUAAUAUUAGCAAAUUUUGAUGAACGUUUACGUGAAUUAGAAGAUAUUCGUUGCGAAUAUGAACAAUCUCGAACAUUAUCACGCGAUAUAUAUGCAACUGAAACAUAUAAAAUAGCUAGUGAAGAACAUUCAAUUACAAUUAAACUUUUUUUAUCAAUAUUUAUAUGA